GUUUGAGAGGAAGUGACAUCACAGCACCAGAGUCCUGCCACACAGACACAGUGGAAACAGAUGAGGACACAACACUUUUCAGAUGUGCUCUGACUCGCAGCUCAGCCUCCAUUCCAAAAAGCCUCUGAGGCGAAACAAUGAAAGAGUAAAAACAGAUUUUGGAAAAACACAAGGACAUGAAUAUGUCUGCUGGGCACAAUGAGACGCCGCGAGACACUACAUGUCAAACUGGGACUGUUGUUUUUUCCUCCAACCCUCUGAUGAGUGAUGUGGAAUCAGACUGGUCUCCAAUUCACGACGCAGCCUUUAAUGGACGAGUGCUCGCUCUGCAAAGACUCAUUACUCAGGGGAAAUGUGUCAAUCUGAACACACUGGACCAGGUCUCUCCUCUCCAUGGGGCUUGUGUACAGGGCCACGAGGCUUGUGCCAAACUUCUGAUUGACAACGGGGCAGAUGUAAACAGAUUGACUGUGGAUGGCAAAUCUCCCCUGGCAGAGGCCUCCGCCCGGGGUCACGUCACCUGUGUAGCGUUACUCCUUCAGCACGGAGCGACUCCCGUGGGGACCAGCCACUCCAGCUCUCCACUCCACCGGGCUGCAGCCAAAGGUCACCCAGAGUGCAUCGCUCCUCUCAUUCAGCACGGUGCAGAUGUGGAUCAGCACAUUGAACAGCUGGGUUCCCCUCUGCACGUUGCAUGUUCCAAUCGGCAGCCGGGUGCUGCGAGGAAACUGCUGCAGCUCGGAGCCGGUGUGAACCACAGUGUGUCGGGUGACUCGCCCCUGCACAUCGCAGCUCGCCUGUCCGACCCCGAGCUGGUGUCUCUGCUUCUCGACCACGGGGCCGACCGCUCCCUCAGGAACCCCGAGGGCAGACGGCCGCUGGACCUCGCGCCCCCCAGCAGCCCGGCAGAGAGGCUGCUGAGACAAGCAGGAGAAGUGCCUCCUCUAAUGCAGAUGUGCAGGCUAAACAUCAGGAGAGCUGUGGGCAAGCGAAGGCUGGGUGGGAUUCAUGACCUUCACCUCCCCACAGAACUGAAACACUACCUCCUCUACCAUUAAGAACCCUGGGAAGAUUUCAUACACUGAAAAACUCAACACCUCAGGAUCGGAGCAGUUCACCUCUACGUCCAUAGGGGGCGGACUUGCACAGUCUUACAGGGAGACGACUACAUCAUGGCUGAUGGUUGAGAUGGUCAUCGACUGUAAUUCUCCUUAGUGACAGACUCUGAUGAUAAAUAUGGACUUUAUCAUGGAGACCUAAAAGUCCUGCUGCAAAAUUUGAUUAUUGAAUAUUCAUAAACAAAACGCAUGCGUAUAAGAAUAAGAAUAUAAGCUCAGGAGGCCAAACAAAGGUUGCAAAAUAAGCUAAAAAUAAUUAUUUUGAAUAUUACACAACACACUAUUAAGCUAAUGUCGUUUUUUUGUAAUGUCUGGCAAUAAAAUACUAUUUAAAUACAAUUUACUUUGGACAGUAAAUAGAUGAGACUUGCUUUUGUAUAAAACUCCCGACACGUCUGAUACAAGAAGUACAUGUACACGAUUCCUGUAGAGUUGAAUAAUGAUUCUUCAAGACCAUGUGGUACAAUUCUACAGGAAUCUAAUGACCGAAACUGAUUGUUACAACACAAUCGCUUACACACUUUCAUCCACACUGUGACUUUCAUGACUAAGACAUACAAAUGUGCCACAGUGUGUUUAUUUCCAGUUGAAAGAUGUCAGACAUUUUAUGGGCCUCUUUCAGACCGGAUGUGAAAUGUAUCAGCAGGUCUUUGUAUGAUCAGACAUGCAGCUAAGUGUGUUUCUCAAACAUGAUCACAGUCUUGUUACUGAGAAGUUCCUCCAGAUAACCAGAAACUGUGAGUCAGCAUUCACUGAACACAAUCCACCAGGGGUCUGAACUUAAAAAAACCUUUGACUUCCCUCUUUCGUUCCCUUUUUAGUUCCUCUUAUUGCUUUCACAUGUGUUUUCAGCACUAAUAAAUAAAGAUAUAAGACUGGUUCACCACUGAAUUUA